UAGGACGGACUGGGAGGGGGGGCCUUCAGCAAACAUCAAUACAAACAAGUGGAGAAACCCGGCAAGGGAGCCCCUCUUCCCUACUGCAGAACGGGGGGGUUCUACCAUUAGCUAAGCUUUGUCAAGAAGAUUUUUUUAUUAGAAUGUUGUAGCGUUGUGGGACGUUUGUAAAAACAUUUUAAGUUAAUAAGGAUUUCUUUGAAGAACCUUCCGUAUGCAUGAAAUGUCAUUCAGUUCUUCCAAGAGAAGGAUUUAGUGCGUCAGGAACAUGUUGAUUCACGGAACAUGCAGAUGGCACGUUUGCAGUAAAACUUUGUCUCUUACUCGUUUACUAGUAGCGGCAGGGAUUUUCGCUAUGCUGGAAAACGACAAAACCUUUGGACUUGCACAUACACAAGAGGAUAUUCUCCAAGGGUUGCUCGAAUAUGAGGUUGUUCACCCCACAAGAGUGGAUCUUGCAGGUCGCUUUGUGUCGAAUUUUGUGUCUCACCGCGUGGCCCGGGUUCAGCGGCGGGACACCUCCAGGACCACUGGGGCUCCCGAGCAGGUCUUCUACCAUCUGCAGUAUGGGGACCAAGACCUAAAUCUCAACUUAACCCUUAACCCUCACCUGCUGGCUCCUGGCUUCCUCACAGAGAGGCGGUACGGUGGCCUGCAAGGGACCAAAAUCCACACUCACAGCCACUCCCUCUGCUACUUCAUUGGGGAGGUGUGGGGUGCCUCCUCUGGGAGGGGCCAUGCGGCCAUCAGCACGUGUGAUGGGCUGACGGGUCUGUUCAAGUUGUCUGAGGAGGAGUUUUUCAUCAGGCCUCUGGAGCAGACGCACAAGGAGGGGCUUCCCCAGGCUCAUGUGGUUUACAGACGACAUGCUGCCCAGCCGUGGAAGGUGUCAGCCCACCCUCUGCCCUCAGGAGGCCUGCUCAAUGGAACAUGUGGCCUAAAAGAUGUUGCCAGGGCCACAGAGCGGGCGGAGCAGCAGCGCGAGCGGUGGGAGAGGCGUCAGCGGCGGCGCAAGAUCCGGACACGCUCCGUCAGCAGGGAGAAAUGGGUGGAGACGCUAGUGGUGGCCGACCCCAAGAUGGUGGAGUACCACGGCAGCCAGAACGUAGAGAGCUACGUGCUGGCCGUCAUGAAUAUCGUGGCAGGACUGUACAGAGAUGCCAGCAUUGGGAACUCGAUCAACAUUGUGGUGGUUCGGCUCAUCCUGCUGGAGAAGGACGAGGAGGACCUGAAGAUCUCUCACCACGCAGACAACAGUCUAAGUAGCUUCUGCAAGUGGCAGAAACGUCUCAACACGAGGGGGGACCAGCACCCAGCUCACCACGAUGUGGCCGUCCUCCUUACUAGGAAGGACAUCUGCGCGGCCAUCAACAAGCCGUGCGAGACGCUGGGCCUGUCCCACAUAUCGGGCAUGUGCCAGGCCCAGCGCAGCUGCAGCAUCAGCGAGGACACAGGGCUGCCGCUCGCCUUCACCGUGGCUCAUGAGCUCGGCCACAACUUUGGGAUUCAGCAUGAUGGCAACGGCAAUGACUGUGAGCCAAUCGGGAAAAGACCUUUCAUCAUGUCUCCACAGCUCCUGUACGGCUCCUCGCCGCCAAACUGGUCUCGCUGCAGCCGCCAGUACAUCACCCGCUUCCUCGACCGGGGCUGGGGCUGGUGCCUGGACGAUGUCCCUGGGCUCAACAACUACACCCUGACGUCUGUCCCCCCUGGCAUGCUGUACAGUGCCUCACACCAGUGCCGACUGCAGUACGGGUCUGGGUCCCUGCUGUGUGACGACGUGGACAAUGUCUGCAGCACGCUGUGGUGCACUGUGGGGGACACCUGCCAUUCCAGGCUGGACGGGGCCGUGGACGGCACCAAGUGCAGGGAGGAUAAGUGGUGCCGCGGCGGGGAAUGCGUGUCAGCAGGGUACUGGCCCGAGGGGGUGGACGGAGGAUGGGGCCCGUGGAGCGAGUGGUCGGCCUGCUCGCGGACCUGCAGCACCGGGGUGCAGGACGCGCACAGGGACUGCGACAGCCCUGCCCCCAAGCAUGGAGGAAGGUAUUGCCUGGGGGAGCGUCGGCGGUACCGGACCUGCAAAGGCAGCCCCUGCCCUGCUGAUGAGCCUCCAUUCAGGCUCGUCCAGUGCAGCCACUUCAACAACGUGCCUUACAAGGGUAAAUUCUACUCCUGGGUGCAUGUGAACAACAGAGUGAAUCCAUGCGAGCUGCACUGCCGACCUCUGAAUGAAUACUUCUCAGAGAAGAUGCUGGACGCGGUGAUCGACGGCACCCAGUGCUACGAGGACAGCUCCAGCCGCGACAUCUGCAUCAACGGCAUCUGUAAGAGCAUGGGAUGCGAUUUCAAGAUAGAUUCGGAGGCGGUGGAAGAUCGCUGUGGUGUCUGUCGUGGCAACGGCUCGACCUGCCAAACUGUGAAAAAGACCUUUGAGGAGAGCGAGGGACGAGGCUAUGUGGAUGUUGGGGUGAUUCCAGAGGGAGCCAGGGACAUCCGCAUAGAGGAGAUGGCCGAGGCAGGAAACUUUCUGGCCUUACGAAGCAACGACCCUGACAAGUACUUCCUGAAUGGUGGCUGGACCAUCCAGUGGAACGGAGACUACAAGGCUGCAGGAACUGUGUUCACCUAUGAGCGGACAGGCCACCUGGAGAACGUCACCGCUCCGGGGCCUACACUGGAACCAGUGUGGAUCCAGCUGCUCUUCCAAGAAACAAACCCCGGAGUGAGCUAUGAGUACACCAUCAGCCGAGAGGCCCUCGCAGGCUCCGACAACAACAUUGUUCCGGAAUUUCAGUGGAAGUAUGGCCCCUGGACCGAGUGCAGCGCCACCUGUGGGACAGGUGUGCGGAGACAGCCGGUUCUCUGCGUGGAGCAGACCUCUGGGACGGUGGAGGAGCAUUUCUGCGAUCUGACGACCCGCCCCGACGACAAGCAGGCUACCUGUAACGAGGGGAUCUGCCCGGCGAUAUGGUGGGUAGGAGAGUGGCACACGUGCUCCGCCAGCUGCGGCCCUUCAGGCCUGGCCAGGAGAGCGGUGCUCUGCAUUCAGAGCGUGGGUCUGGAGGAGCAGAAGGCCCUGCAGCCCUCUGAGUGUCAGCACCUGCCCAGGCCUGAGUCCGUCGCCUCCUGCAACACUCACAUCCCUUGCCCUGCAGACUGGACCACAGGCAGCUGGACGGAGUGCUCCGCGACAUGUGGCGGGGGGGUGCAAAGCCGCACCGUCGCCUGCUCCAGCAACACGGGCAUGACCUGCGAUCCCGGGAAGAAGCCGAAGGCAGAGAUGCCCUGUGAAAUGCUGGACUGCCCGCCAGUGCUGGACGGUUUCGGAAGUGAGUGGUCUGGCAGUGGGUCUUCCAGCAAGGAGGUGUUCAGUGACACCAACUCCAUUCCCAAUGACGACCACAUGCCUGGUUCUGAACAGGGAACCCCCAGGGCCCACCCCGCUAGGCCCGCUGGUGAGAUGAACAACAUAAUUGACGAAGGCUUCUCCCAAUACAACCAUAUAGAUAAUGCUGCUGCUAAUUACGUUAAGAACAACGUACAUAUCGACGACUUUUAUUAUGAUUACAACUUCAUUGGCUUUCACGAAGACUUGUCAGAUGUCUUUGGUGAAGGAGAAGGUCUCGAAAUGGACCGUAACACAGGACCUGCUGGUCCCGGGACUGUCACGACUGUCCACCUGGGGUCUAGCACAAAACCGCCCACUUCAACCUCACGCAAGCCAGCGGCCACCUCUGAAGACGCUCCCUACAUCGUUACCACACCUCACAGCAUCGACAACAAGCGACCCAGGACUACUGCUGUUCGGGAUCUGGAAAAUACUGAGGACCGCGACAGUGUGGAUGGAGAGGAUUCCGAUAACGAAGAGGGAAUCUUGUAUGCAGAAGAGCGUUUUCUGCCUGUGUCUGUCACACCCCCGGUACACAUUUCAAACAUUAGGGUUACAGAGAAAUGGAAGGAAUAUCAUAACAGCCCUGGAAGUGACACAGAGGCCCCAACAGAGGGAGGUCUCACCUCUGCUGAUGUAUUGGGGUCUACAACUGAAAUAGGUGGAGCCAGCAAAGUGAAAGCAGAAGUGGAGGGCAGUGAGGGUGAUGCAGACACUAUAAAUCAUUGGGAUUUUGCUGGUGAUGUUUCCAAGGUUCUUACUGAGGGAGAAAGGAAUGUUGCUGACCAUUUUGACAGUGGGUCUCCGGAGUCCAAUCGGGGGUGGAAUGACGUGGACAACUGGAAAGGAACAGAUCCUGGAGGCCAGGAGGGUUGGGAAAGUACCUCACCAUCACAAGAAGCUCCACCCUCUUCUGCUCCCACUGUGAUUCACAUUGAGACCAACCAGGAUAAUAUACUUUCCAGCAGCAGGCCCACUGCACCGAGCCAAACUCCACCUGCGACUACACCGAAUUACGAUGCUCGAGGCGCAGACUUCACAGUAACACAUUCUCCGGGGAUUUCCGUAGGCGAGGAUGAAUCAGAUCAAUACUACCUAACAGAGUCUGCUGUCGAGUAUGAUGUCGCUGAUGCAUGGCCUCUGGAAGAAGAGCAGCCUGGAAGUUCGCAGCCCAUCCCACGAGAUCUGCUCUACGUGCCGACUGGUUAUUCUGAUCUAGCCGCAGAAAGUGGAGGGAAUCUCCAUCACGCUUCCCCCACAGGAACUGAAAGCGUAUCUCACAAAGAUCUGGAGGAUGUUUCAGAGUCCCCUGUGACUGAGAGCGUGACGACAUCCACUGUCCCCGAGACUGGCGACAUUUUCAGUACCACAACGCCAGACACGACUGUCGUGACUGAACCGACCACUGGCACCAGUACGGAAGCGGAUAGUCAGUCCCACCCAGACCCAGUGGCAGGGGUCUUUCCCACAGCGAUUGGGCCCCCGGGGGGAGCCACAAGCCCGCUUCCCCAUCAAUCCCGCGACGUCACUGGGCCCACUUGGCUGACCCCAUUGCCUUCGCCCCCCCCGCAGGCAGACACCACAGCUUACUGGGCGGCGGGAAAUUGGAGCACUUGCUCCACCACUUGUGGUCUCGGCGCCAUCUGGAGGUCCGUGUGGUGUAGCACAGGACGGAGCUCCGACUGCCUGCCCUCCCUGCGCCCUGUCCCAGCCCGCCGCUGCUAUCUGCGGCCCUGUUCCUCCUGGAGAGUCACCGAAUGGAGCCGGUGCUCCAGGAACUGCAGCCAGGGAGUGAGGCAGCGAGAGGUGCAGUGCUUCAACACGCGCGAUCGCAGACCACUGCGGCCCUUCCACUGCCAGGCUGUUGGGCCCAGGCCACAUUCCCGCGAGGCCUGUAACCCCCACGACUGCGUGGAGUGGUUCACCACCUCUUGGGGUCAGUGCUCAGAGCUGUGCGGCGGGGGCGAGCAGCAGCGCCUGGUCACCUGCCCGGAGCCUGGAAAUUGUGACGAGGCCGUUCAGCCCAACAUCAUCCAAGCGUGCAACAGUCAGCCAUGCGCUCAGUGGGUCACGGGCUCCUGGGGCCAGUGUUCAGCACCUUGCGGGGGUGGGGUGCAGCGGCGUCUUGUAAAGUGUGUCGACAUCCGGAAGGAACAGCGGCAGGGCAGUGUGGAGGAGGAGGAGGAGGAGGAGGAGGAAGAGCCCCCACAGUGCGAACACUCAGCCUGGCCAGAGGACACCCAGAAAUGCAAUGUUCAGGAGUGCAGUGCCAUGCAGCAGCAGACAUGUUUUCGUGACCACUUGACGUUCCGCUUCUGUCAGACGCUAAGCUGGCUGGGUCGCUGCCACCUGCCUACUGUCCGCACACAGUGCUGCAAGACCUGCGGCCAGCUGUCCCGCGGCAACGAGCGCACGUCCCGCCGCUGAUUCGGAGCCGCUGGAGCCACCGCGCUGGCCUUUGUGGACCCAAACCGCAUACAUGCACUCAUGCACACAUACUCAUGCCCUCUCUCUCUCUCUCUCUCUCUCUCUCUCUUUCUCUAUCUCGCUCUCUCUCACUGCCCAGCAGCUGUAGUUUACCCACAAUUCCCUCGGUUACCUGCUGCCCGCGGAGAGUUCUGGCCUGACCCGUUGUUUCUUUCAGUGGUAGAGCACGGUGCGCAGAUCUCCUGCUCAGUGUCAUUCUGUGUUUUUCUCCUAUUCAGAAUCACACAGCGUAGAACUUUUGCCGUAUCGAUCGCUAGUUCACUGCUAAUUCAGCAUCAGCACAGAAGCCCAGCAGUAAGCGACAUGAGUUGUGUAUGCAAUUAAAAUGCAAGCAGGGUAAUUCCAACUGCUAUUUUUAAAAAAAUGUUUAAAGUAGCUGUUGAUUAUAAUCUCUGGAACGAUUCAUGUAAAUUUGCAACUAAUCAAAAUAUCCAUAAAUAUGUAGCAGUGCACAAACAGAGAGUAUUUGGUUGUUUGUGCCGUUUGUUUCUGUUUACGGCAGCCAAUUCUAUGAAUUAUUGGAUGUAACUGGGCUUUGGAACCUACAGUGGGUGGGAUUUCCUUGCCGUGUCAGUUAUUGCCGGCAUUAAUCCAGUGGGAACCAGUAAAGCAAGUAGUGUGGGGCAACCUUAACAGGUCAUCACUGCCAGUGCGUGAUACCUGUGCCCACUGGUCUCAAAGUCAUCUUUACCCUCAUUGUGAGGAAAACAAUCCAAAAAUAUAACAACUUCCGAUGGUGCUGCAGAUGGUGCUAAGGACCCCGAGACGCCUCACAGCUCAGGUGUUGAGGGCCAGUGCAUUUCCUACUUGAAUUGCUGUUUUUAUUUUUGUUUGAUGUGUUUAUUGUUUUGUUUUUCUUUCUGUUUUAUUUUCCCAUACCACUGGCGCUGGUGUCCCAGCAGGUGGCGCUCUCUUCAGGGACACCUAGGUAUUCAGCGACUUCUCCCCAUGUCUGCCAUGGCAGCAGUGAAUGGUUUUACAAAACCGCGGGUUCUGCUGUUGUUAAAUGCUCUCAGAGGCUGAUAUGUAAAAUGGCCUUGUCAUAUUGUAUCUCAUUUUAGUAUCGUCUGAUUUCCAAAACCAGUAUAAAAUUCAUCAGUACCUCAACUUUAAUGUAUAUAACUCAGACAUAUCUAUGCAGUAAUUGUUGCUUAGAAAUAUUUUAGAUUGUUAGACUAUCAGAGUGUGACUUUUCAGAGCAAAAGGUCACGUAUUGGUUAAAGAAAUUACUAUUUUUCAAGUAGCUUAAAAUGUAUCUGGUUCAAAUCCCAGGAUAAACCCACCUGAAGUAUUCUGGACAGAGAACUAAACCUGAAUUUCUCUAGUAACACCUCAAUGAUAUUAUUAUUAUUAUUAUUAUUAUUAUUAUUAUUAUUAUUAUUAAUGCACUCCUUUUUAGGAAAGUAUCCAUAUAUUUUGAACUAAAAUCACACUUUGUAAAAUAAUUACCGAAGAGUAAUUAUGCUCAAUCUAGGCCCUGAUUUUCAGUGUUAAACCACUUAACAUUUCUUAUGAAUAGUUUAGUCAGUCGGUGAUUUUUAAAGUCACUGGUAUUAAUUUGCAUGUGCAGUUAGUGAUCGGCUCUGUUUUUAUUAAAGUCCUUUUAACGAAUCGACACGGAAUGCCAGUGUUAAUACUCUGGCCGACGGGAAUUCCUCCUGACCCCGAUUUUAACACGGUCAUGGAAUAUGGACAGCAGACCCCAGCGGCCUUAAUACGACCGAAAGGUGGAUUCUGCUCAGCACUAAAUAGCGGUUAACUGUGGGCAGGAUCAUCUGUCAGCCAGAAGACAGACGGUCAGCUUGACCAAAGCUGAGCAGGUUGGACACCUUCCCCAGGUGAUCUAUCUUCUCUCCUGAAGGUGCUGCGCUCACACAACCCGCUUAGGUACUUUUCCGGCUAAGGGAAAUGCUCUAAUGCACCGUGGAUCUGCAUGAAUGGUCCCUACACAGUCUGUGAAAUAAUUGUUAUAUUAGUUUGUCUCUUUGGGCAUCGCCUUCAUCUUUGAUUUGCAUAUUCAGUGUCAUUUCGUGGUGUCAUUUUUAUAAUUCCCAGGUUCUGAUUACAUGUAUAAAUUUAACCAUAAACUGCCUAAAAAUACGACUCAGUAUUUCAAUUAUUGUCAUCUUUUUCUGUUUGAUUUUCUAACUUAAUUUGUUUUCUGUAUUUAUAUCAUUAUAAAUAAAAAUGCUUAAAAAGUAAA